ACGUGGCUUGCAAAUAGAAAACAAAACCACGUGGAUUCUCUGUGUCCUUCGCAUUGAUUUUCGAUUCGUGAGAACAACCAAUUUUCAGAAGAAUGGAUAAAAAACUAUCGAAAACGGAGACGAUCCAUCUACGGAAAAAGCACAUAAGUGAGGCAUGUCAGCUGUUCUUUAAGGAAGACCCGUUAAAGAUUGUACGGGCGGAGCGCCAGUACAUGGUGGAUGAGGACGGGAACUCGUACCUGGACUGUAUCAACAACGUCUGCCACGUCGGACACUGUCAUCGAUAUGUAGCAGAUGAGGCUUGUAAACAGAUCAGAAUCCUCAAUACCAACAACCGCUAUCUCCACGACAACCUAGUACUCCUGGCCAAGAAACUGACUGAAACCCUCCCAGAGAAACUUUGUGUGGUCUACCUAGUGAAUUCUGGGUCAGAGGCCAAUGACUUAGCGAUCCGCUUAGCCCGCCAUUACACCCGAGGAACAGAGAUGAUAACCCUGGACCAUGCUUAUCAUGGCCAUGUCAGCUCUGUGAUGGACAUCAGCCCAUACAAACUCAACACCAAUGUGGACGGCUCCCAUUUAAAACCAGACUUUGUCCACGUGGUGCCCUGCCCCGACUCCUACAGAGGAAAGUACCGGGACGAUAAAUACUCCCCGGCAGAGAUCGGAAAGAAGUACGCCGAGGAGGUCAAGGACACGAUCAGUAAAAUACACCAACAGGGGAAACAACUGUGUAUGUACAUAGCCGAGUCCAUGCAGAGCUGUGGAGGCCAGAUCAUAAUGCCCGAGGGGUACCUCAAACAGGUCUACAAGUAUGUGCAUGAUGCUGGAGGUGUGUGUAUUGCUGACGAGGUACAGGUGGGCUUUGGUCGAGUGGGCUCUCACUUUUGGGCCUUCCAGCCUGAGGGAGUAGAGCCAGACAUUGUUACCAUGGGGAAACCAAUGGGAAACGGUCAUCCAGUGGCUGCGGUGGUGACAACCCAGGCCAUAUCCGACAAAUUCAAAGCCUCAGGGAUGCAGUACUUCAACACCUAUGGUGGUAACCCUGUUUCCUGUGCAGUGGCCUUGGCUGUGCUUCAUGUGAUUGAGGAUGAGAAGCUCCAGGAACACGCCCUGAGAGUCGGCAACUACUGGAUCAACAAAGUGAAGGAGAUAAUGCAGCAUUUCCCCAUCAUUGGAGAUGUCAGGGGCCGUGGCCUGUUUCUUGGUAUUGACCUUGUAAGGGACCGCAAUACACGUGAGCCGGCCACACAGGAAGCUCAGACAGUGGUCAGAAGAAUGAAGGAUGAAGCUCGGAUCCUCAUCAGUUCUGAUGGCCCAUACAAUAACGUCAUAAAGACGAAGCCCCCUAUGUGUUUCAGUGAGGAAAAUGUAGAUGAGUUCUGCUCCAAGUUGACAGAGAUUUUGACUGACCUCCAGAAGGUUGAGAUUCAGACAGUCCUGGGGGACAUCAUUGACAAUGUAGAAAAAUCCACGACCAGUGCUAGGGACUUAAAUCAGAACUGGGGCAGGACUGCAGCAGUCUCCUAGGUCAAACCAGUGGGAGGGGAGAAAGAUUAGGGAGGGGUGCUAGAGGACAGUCACUUAAUGGAGAAAUGGGGGUGAGGGGUAGAUUUGUAGAGUGAUAAAGGAGGAUCAUUAGUAGUGUUGUGGUUUGAUGCCUUUUAUUAAGGCGUUCAGCAUUAAUUGCAGGUUUUUUCCUGACCUGGUCAUAAUUGUUAUUCAGAUAUGUAUGCAAUGCAACAUGAAUCAAUGUAACAAUGAAUUUUGCCUCGCACAAUUUAACUGGGUGUUUCAAACAUUUCUUUUUUUGUACAAGAUCUGUGUUCACAGUUUUUGUCAUAGAA